AUGAACGUGGACAUCGACAGCACUCGCGCCUAUCGUCCGUUGUGGCUCAGCUUACGAGUUCUUGCCCCAACGUUCUUGGGCUCCAGUUCGCAUUUGGUUUUUGCCUGCACGCUGCUGCUGCAUUUGCUGGUGACGCUCAUGUUUCCGUUGCACCUGCUACUCGGGCUGCUGUUGCAAGCAACGCCAGCGGAAAUGUUCAAGAACCUGACGAUGAGUUUAACCUGUGCUGCGUGCAGCUUGAAGCACAUUAUGCACUUGUGGUACUUGCCCCAUAUGCUGGAGAUUAGCACAUUGCUGCAGCAGCUGGAUGAUUGCGUAUUGAGCGAUGAGGAGCUAGACUACUAUCAGCAUACGUUGCAGUGGCAAGUUAAUCGUAUUACGCGCUGCAUUUACAUCAGUUUCGCCAUCGUCUAUAUAUUUUUUUUGCCCAUCGCGAUUUCCGUGCUGCUCUCCGAAACACACGAGUUGUUCUAUUUGGCGUGGUUCCCGUUCGAUUGGCACAACAAUGACUUUAAUUAUGCCUUGGCCAUUGGCUAUCAGUUCUUCAGCAUUCUAACCGAAGGAUUACAGGGAUUAAUCAACGACAUCUAUACCCCGCUGACGCUUUGCUAUGUAAGUGGUCAUCUCCAUAUGUUUGGCAUUCGGAUGGCGCGAUUGGGAUUCCAUCGAUUGCCUGGCGUUGGCAUUCAACAGCAACUACUGGCCUGCAUUCAGGACUUUAUACUGUUGAUGAGACUCCACGAGCUAACCCGAGUGACUAUCAGCUAUGUGCAGCUUACGCAAUUAUUGUUUUGCGGCACCAAUCUGUGCAUCAUUGUCAUCUAUGUAUUGUUUUAUGCCGAAGAUAUUGCUGCCGUUGCUUACAAUAUUGUCUACUUUAUGGUUGUCUGCAUUCAACUGUUUCCCAGCUGUUAUUUUGCCAGUGUACUCGCUGAGGAGGCACAACGUUUGCCCAAUGCCAUUUUCUCGGGUAAUUGGUAUGAGCAAUCAGCUGAGUAUCGACGCAAUGUUCUCAUCUUUACACAGUUGACACUGAGGCUGAUGAAGCGGCCAAUGAUGGCUGGAGGACUCAUUGAACUCAAUCUGAAUGCCUUUUUUGCCACCGUAAAGAUGGCCUAUUCGCUGUUUGCAGUUGUAGUGCAAUCUAAAUAA